GCGGAUUGGAACGCGGCCCCCAGCAGGUUGCAUGCAUGUACUGCACUGGAUGGAUGGAUGGAGGGUGCAGUUAAAUCUGUCCUCACGCCUCUUACAGGAUCGACACGAAUUAUUCAGUUCGUUAAAAUAUCCCGAGCAACCCGUUGAUCCAGUUUGUAAAAUAAUCCGGAUAAGUGAAGCUUCAGUCAUGUAAAACCGAAAGCAAAGAGACCCACAACAGCACCCUGGAUAGCAGUGAUCUCGUACGCAGCCGUUCAGGAAAUGAGCCAGAUCGACUUCGCCGUCACGGCCGACGCAAGCCGCAUGCAGUACGAGCUUGACUACACCGAGGGCAUCAGCCAGCAGAUGAGGAUCCCCGACAGGCUGAAAGUCGGACCGGGCUCGCCUCCACAGUUCCCCGAGGAAUCCCACAGCGCCAUGAUGCAGGUUCCGGAGAGGAUCGUAGUGGCAGGGGAUGAAGCCGAUCUCCACUUCAGCAGGCCACGAGAGUUGGAUCUGAUCCAAUCCAUCCCAGUGGAGAGCGUGGAGCUGAAGGCUCCUCCGCACGUCCUCACGCUGCAAGACCAGCCUCUGGACUUCUUGGAGCCGGAGCAGCAUCCGGAACCCUCUCAGCUGAAAGGAGAGAUUCGCUCCCACACAAGAUCCCGGCGAGAACAUCGGUCCGGCGAGUCUUCCGGAGCGCGUCACAACGGCCAGAUUGUCAAAUACGAUGCCGUGAGCCCGUCGCCCAGCGCUCCGGUCCGUGUUUGUCCCCCUCUCGUGUCCCCCGAGGACUGGCCAAGCGUGGGAACGGUGGGCGGAGUCCUCUCCUACAUCCAGCUCACCACGCGCCGGGCCUACGAGCACGUCCUGGCCAUGGUGGACGACUCGCACCGCAGGACUGCACUUGUGACUCUGGAUGCCAGUUUGGAAGGUGCUCCUGAGGACCUGAAGUUAGCCGACGCCCCAGCACUAAGACGGCAGAUUGUGAAGCUGAACCGUAGACUCCAGGUGCUGGAGCAUGAGAAUAAAGAGCGAGCGAGGCGGGAGAUGGUGGUGUACUCCCUCACCGUCGCUUUCUGGCUGGUGAACGCGUGGAUGUGGGUACGCCGCUGAGCGCUGGAGCCAUCGCCUCAUCAUCUCAGGCUGCAUUCACUCAGACUCUCAGAUCUCCGAUUUUGUACAUAUCUACAUCCGUUAUCGCUCAGAUAUUCUUCCUAAAGUCUAAACUCGGGCCUGAUGCCAAAAUUAGCUAUAAAAAAAAAUGUAACUAUUAUUUCAGAUAAUAUAGUUUGAGUCAAAAAUAAUAAUAAAAUCAGAGGGUGCCAAUAGUUUCAAGUAAAAAGAACUAUACUGAUAUGACCGUCAGUUUCUCAAACUUGUAUAUAAACUGUGUUCAUGUACAAUUAAAAAAAACUCUGUUCCUGUAGGCGAUGACGUGUUCAAUGUUCAUGGCUACGACAUUAAGUAAGCAGUAAAUCGCUUCAGGACGUGUUUGUUUUUCUGUAACAAUCAGCGUGUUUUAUUCCUCUUGUACCGCAGCAAUUUAACAAUGAUUACAUUUACUCAUUCAUUCAAUAAAUAACGACACUCGUUUCUAUCCAUUUAUAGUUACGUUUAAUGUUGUGGAAAGUCCGUGAAGCAAGUUGCUUCCCGUUCGCACUUACAUUACAGCAGCUGUAAACAGUCGCCCCCUCAGAAAGCUGGAAGUGUUUGAACUCUUUCAGCUUUAAGUCUGACUGUUACAAAGCACUGACACUGGAGACUCCUUCCGUAAAUGUUAAACGAACGUCUCCUUACGGAAAAGUUCACUGUAUGGACGAUUACAUGUGGGGUUUUUUUUGUUUUUUGUUUUUAAUGCGUUUAUGCCGAGCGUCUGCCGUACAAGUGCUGAAAAAAGAGAAAGAAAGACUUUUGUGCUGAAGGAAAUGAAUUCAUUAGCUGAAAAAAAGGAAAGAAUUUAGUGCUGAAAGAAAGAAUUGAGUGAUGAAAGAAAGAAAAAUUGAGUACUAAAGGAAAGAAAGAGAAAAAGAAUUUAGUGCUGGAAGAUAGCAAGAAUUGUGAGCAAAGGGAAUGAAGGAAGCGGUUGAAUGCUGAAAGACAGUAAGAAUUGAGUGCUGAAGGAAGAAAGGAAAGAAAGAAAUCCGUGUUGCAAGAAUGAACGAAUGCUGAAAGAAAGAAAUGGAAACUUGAGUGCUCAGGGAAGAAAGAAAGAAUUCAGUGCUGAGGAAAGACAAAGAAAGAAUUUAAGUGUGGAAUGAAUGAAUGAAGCACUGAGAGAUAGCGAGAACUGAGCGCUAAAGGAAAGUGAAGAAAGAGUUUAUUCAAAACGAGUAAUGAAACAGGAGUGUGUAAAUGUUUGUAUCAUAGAACAGACUUUGUUGUAUAAACGUGUUAAGAGGAACGUGUGCUGGAUGAAGCACACGACUAUUUUGUGAAUAAUUGUAAUCUGAUGUUUUAUUUAAAUGUUUAAAUGAUGUUUUAUCUGAUGUUCAUUUAAAUAAACAUUUGUGGAUCAUAAACUCCUCUGUCGCAAAGGCUUUCCUGGGUCGCAGCUUUACCUGUUGAAAAAAAAACCAAUAGAAACCCUAUUAGAAUUUGUAAUGGUUUUAAUGGAAACUGUAAUGGUCCCUGUGGGUCUCUCCUGGCAAUUUGUUACCUUCUAUUGGUGGCGUGUUAUGUCUAGUGGAUACCAUAAAGGGCCAGUAAUGGUAACAGAUUUAAUGGUUUGUAAUGGUAUUUGUAGUGGAAACCAUUAGAAUUUCUGUGAUGGUUUCUAUCAUCGCCUCACACCUCCAGGGUUGGGGGUUCGAUUCCCAUCACAGCCGUGUGUGUGUGUGUGUGCACGGCGCUUGCAUGUACCCCCAGUCCAAAGACAAUUUUUGUUUGUUUGUUUGUUUGUUUUUCCAUCCGGGUUACCUUCCAUAAACGUUAAAUAAACUCAUUACCGAAAACUCCA